AUGCCCUCCGAGCAAUACGCACAGCACGCCCCUCCCGAGCACGCCCUCCAGCCAACAGACGCCCAGAAGCUCUGCUACGCUUGCCAGAACACCCUCCAGGACCCUGCGGCGUCCCUCUAUUGCACCACAUGUCGCCCGUCUGCCACCCACCACGACCAGCAGCAUCCAGCACAGCUCCCCAGGCGGGCCCAGGAGCACCAGUCUCUGCCUGAACCACAUCCAGCAACCCCGUAUCGUCCACCAACUCCCCCACCAUCCUCUCCAUAUGCAUCAGCAAAGAAAGCCACCUUGUCAACGCUGCAGUGCAGCGGUGUCAGCACUAACAUAGCCUCCCCCACAUCUCCGAGUCCCUCAUCUGUGCAUCGAUCCCAGCAGAGCCAACACCAGCACCAGUACCAGCAACAUUUUGCGGCUGAGACACCGGCAGCGGCAGUCCCACAGCGCUACAAUGGAGCUGGUGCGGUCGCGGGGAGCUCCCAGAGCUAUCUCGAUCCUCUCGUGGAUAUCACCCGUUUGCGCAUCCGGACCCGUGCGCACCAUUGUCUGUACCCCGGGGCGAUGUUCCAGGGCACCCAGAAGAGCGGCAGGAACAGCUACGACGUCAACGUGACCAUCGUGGACGUCAAUUUCGCUGCAUCGACACUGUGUGGAUACCUCCGAAUCCGUGGGCUGACAGACGACUGGCCGGAACUGACAACGUACUUUGACGCUGAGAUUAUUGGGAACCGGUAUGGAUUCCUCACUCAAAACUGGGGCGCCUCGCAGCAUGAGGAUAUCGUGCAUUGGUCCCGAUUCCCUGCAUUCAAACAUAUCAGGCAUGAAGCCCAGCGACCGUAUAUGACGCUCGAUGACAGGGACCGCGGAGUCGUGUUUAUGCGCUGGAAGGAGCGGUUCCUUGUUCCGGACCAUCGCGUGCAGGAUAUCAACGGUGCUAGCUUUGCAGGGUUUUACUAUGUAUGCGUCGAUUUUAACCCACCAGCGACGCCCGCUUCACCGACACCCACCCUCCCUUCCUGCGACUCGGCACUUGACGACAGCGGCAACCUCGACUCGGCGCCGAUCCACCACAUGCCUGCUAUCACACCGGAAGACGAGGAGCUCGCCGCUCACCAGCAACAUGCACAGGCGGGCGCGGGGGUAGACAUGGGGAUGAUGGAUCUGGACAUGGAUAUGGGGAUGGAAGAUCUGCAGAAUCCGUACAGCACGAGCACGUCGCCGCCGCGCGCGUCGCGGGUUAAGGCUCCUGGACGGUCGAGGUCGAGGCGGGCGUCGAGUGUGAGGAGGCGUGGGCCGUCGUUGGCGCCUGUCAGUCCUGCUGUGGCGACGAUGAGUGGGUUUUAUUAUCAUCAGAAUUCUGAGCCAUAUCAGCAAUUAUCCUUGGCCCACGUUCCAGAAUCGACCAGCUCAAGCUUCGAGUUCCGCUGA